AACAGUUCAACUUCUAUUUAGCGUUAACCGCUGCCUGUUUCCGGUUUUUAAGAUUACAGAAAGCGAAUAAACAAAGCGUUAGAAAGUAGUUAUAUCGCGUAUAGACUUAAGUCUACAGCCUUCUCCGUGUUGCAGAGAAUGAAAUGGUGCUGGUGUUCUGUAUUACAAGAUUGUAGGAGAAAAAGGGAAGAAAGGUUCCUGGCAGUGUAGAGAUUACACAAGUUUCUUUUAAAGCUUCAUAACAAACUCUUUUUGUUUUUCCCAAAGAGGAGUUCUUUUCUAUAUAUGACAUUCCAGAAGUCUCAUGAAGAAGGAAACUGGUGGAUACAAAUGUCAUGAUUAGGGCUGAUAUUAAUCGUAAAUUUUUUAAACCAUAGAAAGUGCCUGUAUUUUUGAAGUUAGUAUGGACACUGACAGGCUGGACUUUUAGCUCUAAUUAAGAAACUGAUUUAAUGGAAUACAGUAGCAAACAUAAAAUUGCAUUGGCACAGAAAGAGCAGAAGCAAGUGAAUAAUUAAAAGUUUAAUUUUAAUGGCAUUUUUUGUGCCAUUCAUAAUGGUGCUAAAAUAAUAGUGUGUGAAUGAUGACAUGGCUGUAAUCAAUACCUAGAAGUUUUGUGGUCUAAAAUGCUAUAGAAAUAAUUUAUGAAUUAAUUCCUUUUCAUUUUUCUGAAGCAGGUAAUACAUAAACUAAAAAAAAUUUCCAAACUGACAUAAGUUUAUAGGUCAUAUUGCUAUAUGAAUUGUUAAAAUUGUUGUGAAAGUCUAUUUUCAAGAUAAGAAUAUUGGAAUUGGUUGCCUGUGUAUAUAACAAGAGGUGUGCAUGUCUUUAUCUGCUCAUGCAUCAUUUUCUGCUUGUCAUUGUCUUUGAGUGAGAGCUGUGAGAAGAAUACAAAAAGAAACAUAUCAAAAUGUUUAAGAUGUGCACUAAGGAACUCUUUAGUGAGAAUGACAGAGAGCAUAGUGCAAAUUUGUGUAAAAAAUGAACCAGACCAAAGAAAAGGCUUGGACAACUCUACUUGCUGUUUGAGAACCUUCAGGGUUAGUUUUAAUUUUCCAGAUACUCUUGAAGAUCAGAAUUACACAUUGCAUCUUAACUUCUAGAAGUGCCAGAGAUUAAUUUGGCAAGAAGAAUAUCAUAUACCAAUUAACAAGAAAAAAUCUUUCAAGGGACAGCUUGAACAAGAUUGUGGCAGCAGAAUUAUUGGAACUAUAUUUUCCAUAGAGGCCAUGGAUCCAAACUUCACUCGCAUCCCAGCUAUGUCAACCAUCAACACAGCUGAUAAUGUAUUUUCAUCUCGACUCCCGCCAAUGCCGUCCUCUCAUUUCCCAAGUCCUUACUUUGCAAACUUGUAUUCUGAGAAUACACCAUCCUUUGCCUCAGUCAAAUCAGAAAAAGGUAGUAUCAACUUUGCCAUCCAGCAGCAUCUCCAACAACAACAGCAGCAACAGCAGCAAGCUCAGCAGCAGCAAGCAUCGCAGCAACAGUCACAUCAACAGCAAGAUGCUGCAACUGUUUUUUUGCAUGAAGGAAAUGAUGGAGGACAUGCCAAAGAUGACUCCACAGACACCUCCUCAUCCAGUGGCACAAGCAACGGAGGAGAAAAUGGCACUUCCGGGCAGCCAGCUCUUAAGAAAAAGUGGUUCACCAGUUACGCCAACACUGAUGGAGGAUCUACUGUGGCCAAGGCAGAGACCCUGUCAACGAUGAGGAAGUGGUUCUCCAAAUACGGUUCUCGGGCUUCUAAGCCAAAAGGCCCCAAACAGCCCCGCCAGCCUAGGACACCCAAACCCAAAUUGAAAAAGUUGGAGUGUGAAGAGUGUGGCAAGGAGUUCUCUUAUCCCUUUGAUCUGCGUCGUCACCAGCGCGUCCAUACAGGUGAAAAACCAUAUGGGUGUGAUCAAUGUGGUCGAGCAUUUUCCCAGGCAACCCAUUUGGCCGCCCAUCGUCGAACACAUUUGCCAAAGAACAUCCCACAGUGCAGUAUCUGUGAAAUGCAAUUCACCAGCUAUGAGAGCCUCUUGGCACAUACAAAAGUGCACACCUCCAAGCGGCGGCGUGUAUUGGAAUGUGAAGAAUGUGGCAAAGAGUUCGUCUUUGCCAGUGAGCUGAAACGUCAUCAACGUACGCAUACAGGUGAGAAACCGUUCAAGUGUCCUGCUUGUGGCCGUGGUUUUUCGCAGCUGUCACAUGUGCAGACCCACCAGAAGACCAGCUGUAAAGGGGUACCCUAUGUGCCCAAGCACACCUCUGGCAACAGCAAGCGCAAAAACAAAAAGACAAAGACCACUAGCACAUCUUGUCAGACAGGCUCCCCACCUACAGUUCUAACCCCAUUAUCACCCACCCCUAUUUCUGCCAUGACUUUCAACUCAUCGUCGUUAUCUCAAAGUACAUCUCUGCAGUCUGCAUUCUCCACCAUAUCACCAACGAGCAGCCCUUUCCACACAGCAAUACAGGUCAUUCCCCCAACCCUGCCAACCAUGGUACCCCCACCGUCAGUUCCUGUGCCUCCAGGGAUCCCCCAGUACCAGACCUUCCAGCAGACUUCAAGCCAUUUGCCAGGAGAGAGUAAACGUAAAAAAUCAAAGAAGUCUGAAUUAGCAGGACAAGCGACUGCAUUGUCAUCCUCUUCAGCGAAUAAUGAAGGCACUAAGUCAAGCAGCUCACAGACCCACUCCCCAUCCCAAGGUCUGCGUGUAAAGUUAAACAAAGCAACUCAGAUGUGUGACGUCUGCCAAAAGGAGUUCCGCUACAUGAGUGCCUUGCAGCGGCACAUGCGCACCCACACCGGUGAACGACCUUUUGACUGCCACAUCUGUGGCAAAACCUUUGCGCAGACAGCACACCUGAACAAGCACAAGGCCAAGCACAGUGGGAUUGAUGAGGACCUUGCCAUCAUCCGAGCAGCCAGCAGCUCCAUAGAGAAAGAUCUGUCACAGACUUCCCACCAGGCAUCGCAGCAGCAGACGCAGGCACAGACCCAGACACAGCAGACGCAGCAACAACAGCAACAGCAAGGUCAGUCACAUCCCUCUCAGUCCCAGACCCCAACUCCUACUUUAAACCAGCAACAAAACCCAUCGCAAGUGCAGGUGCAACAGAUGCAUGUCCUGCAGGCACAGAUGAUGCCUGCCCAACUGCAGAUGACCAUGCCUAUGACACUGCAGAUGCAAAGCAGAGGCCCCUUCUUUUAUCACCAGCUCAACCCUGAACCCAAAUGAGUCCACUGAAUUGUUUUUUUUUAUGGCAACACUAUAUAUGCUAGAUGCAAGGGUUGAAUAAUAGGUAGAAGAGUUACAUUUAUUUUUCUGGAGUAUUUCACUGAUGACCAAAGCAUGUUUGCCAAGGGCAUUUAUGUGCCAGACAUUUGUCAGAACUAAAUGAAGAUGAUGUCAGUAUUUACAUGAACUGAGUCACCCAUGUGUGAAGCAAGUCUUAAGAAGCCAUAACUGAAUUCAAAUCAUGAAAUGGUCAGAUAGCUUUAUAAGUGUGACAGUUGUACUAAUAACAUGUUACCAUGUUUGAUGUAUGUCUCCACUGUAGCAGUGGGUCAUAGUUGUGAUUUUCACUGCAGAUUUUGAAUAGCUUUUUAUGUAUUUUCCUCUACACUAAAGUUCUAAAGUUCAUAGUUUUGAGUAGAUGUGCUCUAGUGCAGGGGUGGGCAAACUUUUUUGUUGCGAGGGCCGCAUUGCUGGGUCAUGACUAGUCCGAGGGCCGCACCUUGUAAUUGAAUACAAAAACGACGUAAAAUCGCCAAAUUGUAAACAAACGC